AUGAGUGAUUCAAAGCAGAUUCGGGAUGCGUUUAACACCGCCAGUGGGUUCUUGAACCCAGUCCUCGACAGAGGCAUGCAGAUCCCGCACCUCCCGUUUUAUCGAUACAAAGCUAACGAUGAUGUAGAUGAGAUCCAAAGAUCGCAAGGAAAAUCCCUCGUGGAAAUAUUGAGCCAAUAUUUGGAUUUCCAACCAGCCAGUGACAAGGCUGCUAGAACGGCCGUCGUCAGCAAGGCAUUGGAUAUACUCAGUGCAAUUCACAAUGCAUUUGUCACGCCCGUGAGCCAUCAAGACCUGUUGCAGGAACCCCAAACCAAGGUCGAACACUCAGACCUCGAAGACGCGAAGCGCCGGCAGAUGAUCCAUGCGUUGUUAGAUCUGAUCUCCCUGGAGGGAAUUUACCCAUCUCUCUCGUCCGGUGUUGGCAUUCCAUUGCAACAGAGAGUCAUUUCGGUCCUGCCAGCCGGAGUUAUUGCAAAGCAGACUUCGGUGCCUGCAAGCAGUGUGCCACAUGAUGAGGCUCUUCUUAAUCAGAUCAUGAAAACAAUCCUUGGUAUCACUUUGGACGACAAAGAUAGCAUUCAGCCUAUCAUUCGGGGUCGCAUUUUAAGUGAUAUCAUCAGUGGAUCAGCUGAUCUUGCCUCCAACCCCAAUGUUGUCGCUUCGGAGUCCAAGGUUUAUUACCAAAAAGCGCUCCUCAAGAUUAUUGAUGACACUCCAAGCUCAGUUCUCCUACCCACUCUCUCUGCAUUCCUCCAGACAGAUACCGCAGUCUGGUUCAAGUCAACCAUCUCGAAGCAGAUUGCUCAUGUGCCACUGCGACCAGGUGGAGUUUUACACACAAUCUUAUUCAUUGCGUCGCAAGUUGCUCCAACUCUUGGGCAAGAAGCCCAAGAGCCAUCCAACGGUCCUCAUUUCACGGUGCAGGGCAUGAUGCAGAUUUCAAGACUACUUUCGUCAGUCCCACAGGAUGUUGAACCAGCAACAUACUUCAAUGCUAUCGCUCCACAACUGUUGGAGCUACUCGAUGGGGAUGAUCCCGACUUGAAGAGAACUGCCUCCUAUGUCAUUGGGAAUGGUAUUCUGGGAAAGCGUGCCUACGGUGCCCCGGGGACUAUAGGUCACUCUAUCUUCAUUGAGCCAGUUUUUGCGGCGCUGACUGCGGAGCUUGGUCAUUCUUCAAUCCGUUGGUUGUCAUGUCCAACCGAGGGUGGAGGAUCAGUUUCUUCCAAGCCUGGAAAACAAUCGUCAUCAGGCAUAGUCGUCGAGGGUGACAUCAUCGAUCUCGCACUCGAAAGGCUGAAAAGCCUCGCGUUGCAUCAUCCGAAUCCCGGACUUGUCAAGAGAAUCGUGUAUCCCAUUCUACUGCCACUCUGGGGCUUGGCUUGUUAUUCUCAACAACAACAAUUGACGGACACCCAUGAAAAGGUUAUGGCGCUUCUGCAGACAUAUUUCAGCAUAUCCGUCGGCGUACAACCACUAAAGAAACUGGUUGAUAAUCUGCUAUGGGACGGAGGAUUAGCCUGGGAUUAUACCAAAGAUUCGCAAGGGCGAGUGGCCUUGAAAAGACGGACAGGCUCUGAAAGCUAUCGCUCCGAUGUCAUCCAGUUAAUGGAUUCUCUGCAAAGCCGAGUGGAUCUGUUUGUUAGCCUUCUAGGCUCAGACCCGAGUACCGAGGAGCGGACUGGUGAUAUAUUCCUGCACGUUAGCCAGUCCUGGCUCGUUCAAUCUCACGACCCUACCUCGGCUAAAGCCGAAAGAAUUGGCGACUCUGAAAACAUCAUGAAGAAGCUCGUCUGCGCAAAGGUGGCUGAGAAGCUGCUCGAUAAUUUCAGAGACACUUUGUCACGGCAUCCGUUGCGAGUUUUGGAACUCAUAAAGCAAGUCAUUGAUGGAGAGCUGCAUACAUUUAGCGGCAAAGAAACAACAAAACGAUCACAAAAGGCCGACAAGGUCUCACUAUCAUCACUUGCCAGCAUUGUACCGGAGGACACCCAUAAUAAAGACGACGCCGCUGAUCAAGAAACCUCCGAGUCAUUAUCGACUGCUUUCAGCUUAUUGUCAACGGUUCUUGCAUCUCCCGAGUUCGCUAUCUCAGAAGAGACGAAAACACUCAUUGAGUCGAUUAAAGAGCACCUAGACCAGCUCAUUCCAUUCCUCCCAAGUGCACUAUCAAAACCAGCAACCACCUCAUCCAUGCUCUUGGAAAUCCAGCUUGCAUCUCCAGAGCACGAUGAUACAAAACCAGCACCGCCGCACAUCACAGACCUCGAAACACAUCGACAGGCACUUGCAAAUCUCAAUUCAGAGCUGCCCCCAGUCCAGGCAGAGGGAUUCUCACUCCUAUCAAAACUUAUCAUGAAAUCGUCCCCUGUGCUAGACAUCCCGUCGACUCUAACUCUCCUCCUUUCCAUCAUCACCGAUGUCUCUAAGACUACCGCAAAUGACGAAUUCAUCUACCUCAACGCUAUCAAACUCAUCGGCACACUUGCCUCACGCCACCCACGCACAGUCGUCAAGACCUUGGUAGACAACUACACCGACAAGAGCGAACAUCGAACCCUAGACCAACGCCUGAAAAUCGGCGAAUCACUCCUUCGAACAGCACAAGACCUAGGCGAAGCAUUGGCCGGAGAAACAGCCAAAAUCCUCGGCGAAGGUAUCAUCGCCGUCGCCGGCCGCCGCGGCCACAAACCACAGACCCAACAAGCACGCCAACAACAAGAAGAGAAGGAACGGAGACUCAAAGAGCGCGAGGAGCGAAAACAGAAAGCAUUGGGCUUGCCGAAUCUCGCAGAACUCAUUGACUCCGACUCGGAAGACGAAACCCCUGAACAAAACGCCCAUGCCGCAGCUAUCGUCGCCGCAUGGGGUACCGGCGCGUCUGCGGAUGAACAACCCGAAGACCUCCGCAUACGUGCUUCAGCACUUUCAAUCCUCGCCUCCGCAGUCCAAACCAACAUCCUCGGCCUUGGCCCUGCAAUCAUCGCCUCCUCAGUAGACCUAGCCCUAGCUACACUCACGCUCGAACCCGCUCCAGAAAGCGCAAUCCUGCGGCGCGCCAGUGUAGUCCUCAUCCUGGAUAUUCUUAAGGCCCUUGACACGGCACGAGAAGCUAAAAACGGGCAGGACAUCGGAUUUGGAUUUUCCCUCAUGGAUGACGGGAUGCUUCCAGGUCCUAGUCACACGCGUGGUCCAUCGACGGUUGGAAAUAUCCCGAGUAUGUUGCGUACGCUUGGGUUUGUCGAGAGUGUGGAGACGGAUGGGAUUGUGCGGGGGCAUCUGCGUGUGCUGAUUGAGAGUUUAGAGGCUUGGAUGGAGAAGUCGUUGAUGUGGGGGAUUGGUGCUCAGGGAGAUAGAGAGCCGAGACUGGAGCUUGGGGAUCAUAUUGCGGGUUUGAGUGUUGAUCCUUUGGCUGGAAGAGGUUCUGGGAGGCCGCGGAUUGAAGAGAUUGAGUAG